AUGGCUGUUGAAGCAGCAAGACUUGCUCUUGAAGCGGCAGAAAGGGAUAGAAACAAAAACAGGGAUGAACAGGGUGCAAGAGAGGCUGUGACGACUCAAGAACAACAGAUUCUUUUGUCCAGUUAUGCUAGACCUAGUCUGGAAACUAUUGCUAAGGCUAUCGUCAGGCCUGACAUUACUGGAAAAUUUGAGCUGAAAGAAGGAAUAGUGCGGCUGCUGUCCUUAUUUCCGUUCUCAUUGAUUGGUGAAGCGAUGGAAUGGUUGACAAAUCUGCCUGUGGGUUCUAUCAUUUCUUGGGAGGUAUUAUCGAAUAAAUUCAUUGACAUGUUUUUCUCACCCAAGAAAACAAAGGAACUGCGAGGGAGAAUUGCUAACUUCACUCAGAGAGAUUCUGAAUCUCUGACACACGCUUGGGAAAGGUAUAAGGGCUAUCUGCAAGAUUGCUCACAUCACAUGCAGCCAAAGGAGAUCAUUGGAAACUAUUUUAUUGAAGGACUUAAGCAUGAAUCAAGGGUCUUAUUGAAUGCUACAGCUCAAGGGCAGAUCUUAAACAAAACAUAUGAGGAGAUGGAAGCUCUUCUUGAGUUGAUGUCCGAAGGGGCUUAUGAAUACCAAGAGACGAGCCGGGGGUUACCACAGAAAGCUGCUGGGGUUCUUCAAGUGGAUGAUGUUGCAGCUAUGCGGGCUGAUACAAGUACUCUUACUAAUGUGAUGUUAAGGGCGUUUCCUCAAGCACAGCAGAUCCAACCAGUUCAACAUAUUCAACAAGCAGCGUGUGUAAGUUGUGGUUUACCUCAUGAUUAUUCUAAUUGCCCAUUGAAUCCAGAAUCCAUCUAUUAUGUGGGGCAGCAGAACCGCGGUGUCGGAAAUCGUGGGAACUAUUAUGAAAACAAUUACAAUACUCCAUUCGGGAAGCAGGACUUCCACAAGCCGAACAAUUAUCAGCAACCCCAGGCUCAGCCAGCUAGCAAUUUGGAAGAGAUGAUGAAGCAGAUUAUGCUCAAACACAAACCACAGGGUGUUCUUGCUAGUGAUACUGAGAAGAAUCCAAAGGAAUGCGAGGUAAUCACCUUGAGGAAUGGCAAAGCACUUGAAGAAGUGCCUCCAAAAAAGAAGAGCAUAGCAGAAGCAGAACUUAUCCCUGCUAAGCGAGCUGAGCCAAAGCAGAUAGUCGCGGAGCAACCCGUAGAGGAAGUGGUUCGACCACCCCUUCCUUUUCCACAGCGACUUCAGAAGCAAAAAGCAGAUUCGGCUUGCAAGAAAUUUCUUGAACUCUUAAAACAGGUGCACAUCAACAUUCCUUUGGUGGAGCUUUUGCAAGAAGUUCCAAAAUAUGCGAAGUAUAUCAAAGAUGUGGUUGAGAACAAAAGGCACUGGACAGAGUUUGAAACUGUUGCACUUACUGAGGAGUGCAGUUCUAGAGUGAGGAGUAAAAUUCCUCCAAAGUUGAAUGAUCUGGGUAACUUCACGAUUUCGAUUACUAUUGGCAACAUUGAAGUUGGGAUAGCAUUGUGUGACUUGGGUGCUAGUAUUAAUCUGAUGCCUACUUCCGUGUUCCGAACGUGGGGCUUGAGUGAGCCUAUGCCAACGACUAUUACUUUGCAGCUGGCUGAUCGAUCUCUUGCUUAUCCUGAUGAUAAGAGUGUUCCUCUCAUCAUGGGAAGAGGAUUCUUGGCUACUGUUGACGCUGUGAUCCGAGUUAGAGACGGGAAGAUGUCCAUGACAGUUGAUGGACAAGAGGCGACUUUUGACGUUUUAAAGCUACCAAGCUUCCAGCCCAUUAUGAGGAGUUGA